CUUGGGAGUUGCAGCUGGACAGAAUAAUGAAACACAGUGUUGGGGGGGGGGGCAUAAAGAGCUGUGAAGGAACCGUGCCCGCCGUUUGUGGUGUCUUCCCUCUCUCCGUCUCCUGUCUAUGCCCAAUCCCUUUACUCAGCUUUUCACGAUCCCGAGCGACUUGGGCCCGUGGCUGUGGCCCUUUUAAGAGAGGCCCCGCCCAUGCGGAGGGGUUGGGUCAGGGGCGGAGUCGGAGGCGGCGGGGAAGGAACAAAGCCCGGCCUGCGGGCCGCAGCUGGGCUCGGUCGGUGGGGCCCUGGGAGUGCGGGGCCUGCGGGCGGAAGCCCAGGCAGAGCAUUGGAGAGAAAGGCUCCAUCGUCGUCCGUGCCGGCCGGGUCAUGAAUGGGCUGCCCCUAGCCGAAGCGCCGGGCGGUGCGGGCUGCGCCCUGGCCGGACUCCCGCCGCUACCGCGCGGCCUCAGCGGUCUGCUUAAUGCGAGUGGGGGCUCGUGGCGGGAGCUGGAGCGCGUCUACAGCCAGCGCAACCGCAUCCACGAUGAGCUGAGCCGUGCGGCCCGCGUUCCUGAAGGGACCCGUGGCGCCACAGGCGCCGCUAACGCCGGACCUGCAGCCGGUCCCCUUGGGCCGCGUCGCCCUGUCAACCUCGACUCGGCAUUAGCUGCGCUGCGCAAGGAGAUGGUGGGGUUGCGGCAGCUGGACAUGUCCCUGCUGUGCCAGCUGUGGGGCCUGUACGAGUCAAUCCAGGACUACAAGCACCUGUGCCAAGACCUGAGCCUGUGCCAGGACCUGUCGUCCUCGCUGCACUCCGACAGCUCCUACCCUCCCGACGCCGGCCUGUCUGACGACGACGACCCUCCCGAUGCCAGCCUGCCCCCGGACCCACCGCCCCUCACUGUGCCCCAGACGCACAAUGCCCGCGACCAGUGGCUGCAGGACGCCUUCCAUAUCAACCUCUGAAGAACUGGGGGUGGGCGGGGGGCACGUACCCAUGCGAAAGGCUCAGAAGCUCAGCCCUGAGCAGGUGCGCAGAGCAGAGGGCCUGCUUCUCCCCGCACCGUCUCACCCGCAGGAGGGCGAGGCCUGGGCGGCGCAGAGGCACAGCUGCCAGCCCCCUCUCCCGUCUCGGGUUUGCUGGCACUAGGGCAGGCACCUGGGCGACAACCUUUGCCCUUGGCACUGGACCUCCAGUUUUUCCAUGUGUGCCCCCCACCGUGGCUAACCUGUAAGCUGGCGGUGGGGCUCGAAGCAUCUUGCGUUCCCCUUGGCGGCUCUGGGAUUGGGAUGAGUGCCUGGCUGCCAUGCCCUUUUCACCUUUUGCUGCUCUUGGCAGCCGCUGGCUCAGGGGCAUUCCGCUUCCAUUCCCCUAGACAAGGGCUCCAGGACCUAUUCUUGCACCCACCCACAGCCGAGAGGGCCAAGGCUCCGCGCUGGAUAUUUAAGUUCAGGAGCCAGCCUCUUGGGCGCAUAUAUAAAUAAACACCCUCCGCGCGUGCC